GUCUGCAGAACUACACCACGACGAACGACGACAAACGACAAACGCCCAACGCCGACGACAGACAACGCCGACCGACGCCGACCGCCGCCUCCCCGGAUUCAGCAACCUCUCGUUAUCACGCCAUCUACACUCCUGCAAGAAUGUCCACAUUCGAGCCUGUGGUUGUCAUCGAUGGCAAGGGACAUCUCCUUGGUCGCUUGGCCUCUACUGUGGCCAAGCAGCUCCUCAACGGACAGAAGAUCGUUGUCGUGAGAUGCGAGGACCUCAACAUCUCCGGCGAGUUCUUCCGCGCUAAGCUGAAGUACCACGCCUACCUCCGCAAGGCCACCCGUUUCAACCAUACCCACGGACUCUUCCACUUCCGUGCCCCGUCGCGUAUCUUCUACAAGGCCGUCCGUGGUAUGAUUGCCCACAAGACUGCCCGUGGUAAGGCUGCGAUGGACCGCUUGAAGGUCUUCGAGGGUGUCCCCCCUCCCUACGAUACCAAGAAGAGGAUGGUCGUGCCCCAGGCCCUCCGCAUCUUGAGGUUGAAGCCCGGACGCAAAUACUGCACCGUCGGACGGUUGUCGUCUGAGUUCGGCUGGAGCUACGGUGAGGUCGUUAGCAGACUCGAGGAGAAGCGCAAGACCCGCUCUGAGGCCUAUUACCAGAGGAAGAAGGCCUUGAUCAGGAAGUUGAACGCUGCUAAGAGGGAGGUCACUACCAACUCUGAGGAGUUGGCCAAGUUCGGAUACUAGACAUUUGCUACGAUGAAUGCUAUUCCCGAUGUUUGACUGCCUCUCGACUAGUGACCUCAAUGUAGACCAUUUCUACGCUUUUCUUUCUCCAUUUGGACAUGUGAUGGUUGAGCUAUGACGGUUCAAAAGUUUUUUUUUCUUUUGGGGGCGGGCGCGUUUUUUUGUACGAGGCUCUCAUACCCAAAUGGGGUAGUUGAGUGAUAUAUAAUGUAGCACGUGACUCUCCUGGCACUCAUACAGUGAAUUUCCAGUAAGAAUCCGCCUGCGCAAUGCAAAGGAGCCUACUCCGAUGCC